UUGGUCCCGCACGCGUCGGGGUGGGGCUUAAGGACGGCUUCGCAGCAUGGCCGCCGCUGCCGCCGCCGCGUUCCUGAGCCCAGAGAGCCGGGUCCGAGCCGGCGGUGUCAGCGGCCUGCGGGUCCCGGCCCCGGUCACUAUGGACAGCUUCUUUUUCGGCUGCGAACUCUCCAGCCAUACCCGAUCCUUCACUUUCAAAGUCGAGGAGGAGGACGACGCAGAGCACGUGCUGGCGCUGACCAUGCUGUGCCUCACCGAGGGAGCGAAGGACGAGUGUAAUGUGGUGGAAGUGGUGGCCCGGAACCAUGACCACCAGGAGAUCGCAGUCCCCGUGGCCAACCUCAAGCUGUCUUGCCAACCCAUGCUCAGUUUGGAUGACUUCCAGCUCCAGCCUCCUGUAACCUUCCGCCUGAAAUCGGGCUCCGGCCCGGUGCGGGUCACCGGGCGGCACCAGAUUGUUACUAUAAGCAAUGAUGUUUCGGAGGAAGAGGAGGAUGAGGAGGAAGCAGAGCUGCGCCCCAUCCUUCCUGCUAAAAAGCAGGGGACCAGGCCCUAGUCCUCUUUGGUCCAGGAGCUGCCUGCUACCUGUACCAUGCCCAGAGUUCCUGGACAGGUUUCAAGAAUCAGAAAUGUUUCUUCUGCCUUGAGGAGAAGGAGGAGGAGAGUUCUGGAUGAGAGAUCCGGAGGGAGGGAAUUGGGUUGGCCUCCACCAACCCCCAGGCUCCCUUUUUCUACAGGGUAGGAGGGACUCUGAACUUCUAUCCUGACCCUUCCUCCUCACCUGCCUUUGAAUCGCAAGUUUAUGAAGCUCAGAAUUACAUUUUUAACAGUUUUUACAGUUUUAGAUAAAGUUUGAAAUAAAGUGAUAUGGCUUUUUUUGCAA